AUGGAAUUUCUGUCUAAAAGAGGUGUGAACAUUCAAAAUUUUUCGAUAUUUUGCUCUUGGUGCGAAAGAGAGCCGGAAAGUGCAUCUCAUAUGUUUUUCAAGUGCAGAUUUAUGGAAGGAUUUUGGGAUAAAAUCUUCAAUUGGUGGGAUGUUGUAUGGAAGAGAGUCGAUGGUUUUGUGGAAUACUUUUCAUUGUGUUACAAUGUGAAAUUGGAUGAGAGAAAGAAAAGGUUAUGGCUGAUUUCCAUUGCUGCAGCAUGCUGGACAAUUUGGAUUGCAAGAAAUGGGCUGGUUUUUGAUGGAAGGAGAGUGAAUAUGGCUAAUUUGGUAUUUCAAUCUAAGAUGAGGGCAUUGUUGUGGAUUAGAUCAAACCAUAAUGAAAUCAUGUUGCAGGAGAAGUUUUGGUGGUUAGCUCCACAAAGAUGUUGUGUGGUGUCUCACAAAUCCAAUGCUGUUGUUUCCUUUUGGAGACUACCUCCUUGUGGUUGGUUAAAAUUCAAUGUAUGUGGUAUAGCGAAAGAGGACAAGGCUAGGGGUGGAGGAAUAUUGAGAGAUAUGGAGGGGAUUGCAAGAGAGAUUUUCUCUGGUGCUGUUGGUACAAAUGUUGCUGAGGAAGCUGAGAUUGGAGCGGUGAAGUUUGCUCUCGAAGCUGAGAUUUUCUCUGGUUAUUAA